AUGGUAGAACAAUCGACAAAUUUUAAAAGUUCUAAAGGGAACUGGUUUAGAAAGAAAGGUAGUACAAAAGACGUGCUGCCGGUUCUACUCAGACUCUUCUUGUUUUCAUCUCUCAAAUGGAAAGAAAAACGUUGUUGGAUUAGCGGGAUUCAUCUGUUCUUGCUCUGUUUACAUGUAACAAAGAUCGAAGUGAUGACAGUAUUGACAUUUCAGAUAGGUACCUGUAGAACAACUGUUUAUAUGACAGUUUAUGAAGGAUAUAAUGCGCUGAGACAUUCCAUGCUUCUUCACUGGGAUGCAAUUUAUGAAACUUUACCAUACCCUCCUUCUCCUGGCGCGUUUGCAACAUAUACACAGCCAGACUUUCAAGAAAGGGUUAAUUAUGCUGUUCAACAAUACUUCAAUUUAGAAUCUGAUGCCAUGGCUUACUUUCUGCGACUUCCUGGGGAUAAUAUCACAAUAAAUGUGAUUUAUUUCGACUUGAUUAGGGCUGAUAGUGAAAUAGUAGAUUUAAACUCAUAUGAAGAACAUUCGUUUGAACCACAGUUGGACGUGGGUUUGGAAAAACAUACAUACGAAAAUGGAGAAAUAAAUUAUACAUACAACAUCACAAAAGACCUUGAGCAGAUAAAUCUAACCACAGUGUUAAAUAGAACUUUGGCAUUAGAUAUUUCUUUUUCACUGCAUUCGCUAAGAGUGCAAAAGAAACAAAACGAUGCAAGAUGUCUACAGAUUUUUGGAACCAUAUCCUUCGACGAUAAUGACCAUAAUGGUGAAGUCGAGGUUGAAUUGAACACGAAUACAAUCCCUAUACAUUGUUCAAAAAUGAAGUACCAACUGAAAGAUUCUCCACAAUGCAGACAUUACAACGACGAGUUAGCACGAGCUACACGUGCCUUAGUAUACGUUACGCUGAUUGUUGAUAGUUUCAUGUUCCUAGCGGGAGUUAUGACACUGUAUAUAACUUUCGUUUACAAGAAGACAAAUAGUGAAAAUCCACGAUUUAGAGAAUAUUUCUGGAGAGUCCAAUGGUGGAAUUGCCUGUCAGUCAUAGGAGAUGGCUUUGCGUUAGGAGGAUUGAAUGGUCUCAUAACAAACACAGAAGAGGAUAUUUAUAUCUACAAACCACUAAAGGACUGGGAUAGAAGUAUGAUUAAUCUUGGCCUAGGAUGUCUUUUUACUUGGUUCUCGUUCCUCCGUUACAUAAGGAUUAGUCACAAAUUCUCCCUGCUGUUCAAAACAAUUCGCAAGGCGGCAUUAGAUGUGCUUUUCUUCAUGGUUUGUGUAAUCAUAAUAUUCGUCGGGUUUUGGGCAAGCACGUAUGUCGUUCUAGGACCGUACCAUGUAAAGUUUAAAACAAAACAUUCUACUGCAGAGACACUGUUUUCCAUCAUCAAUGGUGACGAGAUAUGUCACGUUUGCUAUAUUGCAAGACCAAUAUGCUGGAGACCAAAGUGGAAUUAGAUUGUUUUCAAGAAUGAUCGUAUAUGUUUACGUCUCCCUUUUCACUGUGCUUGUGUUCAACCUUUUGAUCGCAUUGUUCAACAGUGCAUACGAAGUCGUCAAGGGUCAGUACGAAGACGCGAAUAAAAAGGAACAAACUGAAAAACGAAAAACGCUAUCACAUUACAUGCUGGAAGCUUUCAACAGCGGAAAUAAUUGCCAUAUUGUGAAUUGCUGUUUCUGCAAGAUAGAUAUUGCAUCGGACGAAAGUAACGAACCAACAAACGGACAGGCGAAUACUACUGUUCAAUCAGACGAAAGUAACGGACCAACAAACGCAGAGACGAGUGGAAUCGGUCUAAAAGGUUAAUGUAGUAGACGUUUACUUUCCAGUAUGGUGUUUCACAAGUACCAUUGUACCAUGUGGAUUCUUUAUAUGGAUACUCCUUUUAAAUCACAAUGAUCGAUACCAUUUAUUCCUGAGAGUUCCAUAUAAUAAAACUAAUUGGAUAUUCCUCAGUAGAAGAUCAGAAUUACAGAAAGUACAUUUCUUAAAAUAAGGGGACAGUUAAACUGACAAAUGAAAGAUGUUUGUUUUAGAAAAUGAAUAUAAUAUACAAUUUAUAGAAAUAAGGGAGUCUAGCCUUUGUUAUUUACUAGGAAAUGUUUGAAUUUCACACACAUUAUAUUGUUUUUUCUUGACUGUCAUUUUCUUCCUUCGUAACGUUUUUUUUGCUAGUUUGUAAAUUCUAUAUGUUUUAGUGUUCAAAGAUGGGUUGAAAUCGUAAAAUGAGCCAAUUUAUAUGAUUGGAUUUCUUUUUCUAAAGCUAUCAACAGCAUAUUCUUCUAAUCGUGGACUAAUUUUCAAUAUUGUAUGUACAGCAACGUAUGAAAUGUUUCCAAGUAAGAGGAGUGUUCGAAAAGUAUUGUGGUGACACGCCAUUUUCACGAGGAAUUUCACGUCGAUGUUUAUAUAGCGGAUUACCUCUAUUCAAUAUUUACACAAUGGUAGAUAUAUGUAUCCAUUCAAUAAUCGUUUAACCGAGUUGUCGCUAUUUCAGUGUGGACAGUCGUUGACCACUGUAGCAAAAAUGGCUGGAAAACGAAUAACAAAUGCUGAAGAAAUUCGGUCAUAUAUAAAAGUUCGCAUUAAACUCGCUUGUUCUUUGAAAGAGCUUUUUGACGAAAUAACCCGUGUUUAUGGGUCUAGUAAGAUGUCUUAUGAGAUGGUUUGCAGGUGGAAAAAGAAAUUUGAUUGUGGUGUAGAGUCUGUUGGAAAUGCCCCAAAAUCAGACCGGCCAAAGGCAGCAACGUGAGACCAAAAUGUUUUGAAAAUCACAAAUCACAGAACUUCUUCAAAAUGAUGCUCGAUCUACUAUACGCGAUAUUCCACGCAUUGUUGGCAUUUCACUAUCAACAGUUCAUUUUAUUUUAAAGAAAAUCUUGAGAGUUAGAAAUAUUUCUGCUAGGUGGGUACCCCAUCUUUUGACUGACGACCAAAAAGGCUACGUGUUGAAACUGCUAAAAAAUUGUUAAAAAUGUUCCCAAAGUACAACAAAAAGGUUUUUGCUAAUGUUGUUACAGGUGCAUUAUUUUGAACCUGUCAGAAAGGUUGGGAACAAAAUAUUAGCCACCAAACAUGGCCAAAGGGCCAGUAAUUGCAAAACGCACUUUGAGUGCAAAGAAAGUUUUGUAUGACAUAUUCUUCUCCAGCGAAAAGGUCUCAGACCACAAUACACAAUACUUUUCGAACACUUCUCGUACCAACAAUAAUUGCAUAAACUCUGUGUACAUACAUUAAAUAGACAAGGGUAUGUGUGUAAACAGAAGUGUCAAUUAGGUUUAAAAUAGUACAUACUAAAGCCUUAACACGGAAGAGAUAUUUUAGCAUUAUUGCAAUACACAAUCAUUACUAAAAUUGUGUUUCCAAUACAUGUGCUCAUUAGGUAAAUCCUCAAUAUCUAUAUGAAAAUAAGGGAUGUGUUUUGUCUGAUUGCAACACUGUGAGUUGCUCUAAUUAAUGACAAAUGACUGAAACAAUAGACUUCUUACGUGAUUUGAAUAGACAAAACAACAGUAAGGUAAAAAUAUAUUCUUUUAUUGUUUUAAUUUAUGAGUUGUAAGCUACAAUAUAGAAGAUCCGUUUUAAGAAAAUCAAACUGGAAGGUAGAAAUAACAGAAAUGUUUUUAUUAGGUCAUGGGUCAUCAUACACCUGUCAAAAUUUGUCAUUAGUUUUCACGAGCUAUCAAAAUUAUUUUGCAUGUGCAUUGUGUCUGUAAGUAACUUGGUAAGGCAUUGUAGUGUGUAACUUACUUUACAUCACAUUAAUAUAUGUGCUCAAAAUUGCUUUGUUGAACACAGUGAAGUUUUGUAAGAAUUUCUAUUGUUUUAGUUCCUUGUUCAAAAAACUUCACUUGUUUUGGCCGUUAUAUAAUUUCCAUUAUAUAUGCGUCCCCUGAAAGAACCGCUGAAUAGAACCAUAUAAUGCAUAUAUCAAAGUAUAUCAAAGGUUGAUACAAUGUCCGGCUUCAAGCGUCCUUGGUCAAACUGGUUCUAUUUGGCUGGUUCUUCAUAUCGAACUCGGCUGCCCUCGCAACAGUCUUUCGUACUAGUACUGAUUAAUUUCAUGCCUGUACGCCUUCGACCCGACUCCUGUCUCUUUGGGACAUUAACCUCUGCUGUACACAUACCUCAGUUCUCACUAUGUUAACUGCCGCGAUGGGUGCAAGCCCCAUUGCCUUUCGGUCGUGGUCGCCACAGCCGGGGUCGCCAGCUUGCUGUGAUGGACUAAGCGAGAUUGCCAACUUUUGUCAAAGAUUUUAAUAAGUAUGUGUAAAAAUUUAUUUGAUUCAUACUUAUAUAUCAUAAUUACUUUUAGUGUAUAUGUGUAAAAUUUACUUGAUUCUGAAUACUUGUAUAAUAUAAUAAUUUUAGCUCAUGUUGUUGAAUGAAUAAAUAAUACUCUUUU